CUAGGGGGUUUUCUUAUUAGACAACGUCCCUAUAGACAUAACCAUCACACAUUUAAACAUCUAGCUUACGGUUCUGUUCAUUAUUAUUUAUCUCUGUUUAUGCUGCCUCCUUUUAGGUAUACAAUUACAUAUCCACGCUCUACGCACAAACUUAGACAUCAUGGAUGACAAUCCGGAUGAUUCUAUUGUCGCCGCGGCAAUGGGCUUCUCUUCAUUUGGAACAAAACCGCAGAAGAAUAACACGUCUGAGUUAGGGACAUAUAAGGAUACCAAGAAACGCACAAUCGAAGACAUGUCUCCUGCAUCUCAUUCUACUAUUACUGGUGGUGUUGCUGAAGAACCCCAACCCAACGAGGAAACACCCAUAGGCACUCAGAGCCACAGCGAAGUCACUCCCGAUAAGCAUACUGGAAAGAAAGCCAAGAAAACCAAGAGAUCCAAGUUCGAGGGCGAGGCUGGUAUUGAAGGGCCCUCUGCUGACGGCAACUACAACGACAACGAGAAGGGAAACUUCUAUGAAACUCCCAGCGGAACCGUCCUCUCUCCGGGGGAACUUCGUCGUCUGGCCGCUGGCGUGAAGAAUGAGAAUGGAGACACCGUUUUCUUCCGACCCAGCUUCAUUGAAGACCCUUGGGCUGGCCUCAAGCCUGUUAGGAUACAGUAGGCGGGGGAAAAAUACGCCUCUGGUUUGAUGACACUUUGGGGAUCUCGUUCCUUUCUACGCUGUAUUGUUAUUUGGUUUUGUUUUACUUAAUUUUUCCUUUUUUUUUUUUUCUCUUAUCUUU